UUUUGCUAAAUAUGAAUUACGUGGAAAAUUUAUUGAUUUAUGCGAGAAAUCUUUCGCCAUUCUACAUUUUUACUAUGGCAAUAUCAUUCUUAGUUGUUUUGCUGACUGCAUAUUUUGGUUUCUCGGGUUGUAGCACUACGACAGGUGACGAUGGCCCAGGCGAACAACUGAAGACAAAAUCUUCGUCAUCUAAUAAACAAAUGUCUGCUAGAGGCACGGUUAGCAAUAACAAUAUUAACCCCAAAAUGAAGGAUGAUUCUUCAGCAGAAAGUGUAAGUGAAAAUGACGACGAAGAUGAAUGCGAAAAUCGACUACAUAUUGAGUCUUUGGGGCAAUUAAAGACAGCUAAGUUAAAAUCAAUUGAAAAUUCCCUUACUGAAGAGCAGCGGCAGGCAGAAAAGGAAAUUGAACAAGCCCAAUUGGCGGCAAUUUUUGAGCUUCUUAAGAAACAGAACAAUAGCUCUAAUAUAAACGAGGAAGAACUUAAAGAGCAGCUUAGCCUUUACCGUUGAAUUAUUCUAUCUGAUGAAUGUCAUAAAUGAGUUUAUAUUCUAGUCGUUAAUGUAUCUUCUGUUCAGAAUAUGUUAAAUUAAUUAAUAAUUAAUAGUAGAGAAAGGAUAGACUAGUAAAUACCUGCAUGGAGAACUUGUCUAAAAAUCAAUGAACUUUAUCCAAGGUUCUGUAGCUUCAUGUAUUUCUUAUAGCAUAUAAUUCAUAUCGAUGAUACUCCAAACUAUUGUGUAAAAUCUUUCAUCAUUAUCAAUCAUUAAUUCCGUGAGAUAACAAUCGUUGAAUUGUAAAUUGCACUACAAAUGAAGAUUCGGGAUGAAGAUUUUAAAACAAUAAUUAAUGUAUUCAUUUUAUAUUUCGUAUGACGACAAGCCGUAUGGUCUAAUAUACGAUUUUAUUUACAAAAAAUGUCAUUUCACACAUGUGCUUAAAAUUUAAUCAAUUUUGUAGUUGUAUGCCAUAUCAUAAUUACUAAUAAGCAUUUGUAGAAUCAAAAUGUUGGAGAAGAAAAAAACUAUGCUCUGCAAC